UUCCUGUUGUGUACUUCCGGAAUUCACCAAGUCUGCUGCUCACGAAGCUUCCCGAACGCAACGAGCCUGGCCUAACGAACGCACAGACGCUGCUGGCGGAGAUUCAGCAGCUCCACGCAUCAGGGAAGGGCCAGGACCAGGUGCAAACGCGCGCGACUGCGCUCAUCGCGCCUUCAGGAGGCGGGAAGUCCCGCACGGCGCUUGAGGCAUCCUGCCAUGAGUACAGCUUUUACCUGAGUUUCUCCACAGAGAAGGAGCCUGGCACAAACAUUCUUCGGGAGGCAAUCGCUCGACUCCGUGAGAAGUAUGGGCUGCGAUAUGAGGCCAUUGAGGGUGACAUUCCUCGCCUGAAAGAAUUUCGUGACCAGCGGCUCCACGACAUGGAGAAGUUCGUCGCACGCAUUCUGCUCGCUUCUGCGUUGGGCCUGCGCGAGUACCUGAGGCAGCACCAAGACCAAGCCAGCCCCAAGGGCUUCCUCCUGUUCCAGCUCAUCGGCAUCAGCAUCAGUGCACAGGAGGACUGGCUGCUGAAGACUUGGGGUUGCCUGCUGAGCCUGUCACGAGAGGCGUUGGAGCUCAAGCUGCAAGCGGUGAUGGAGGAGCUGCGAAGGCUGACUAAUCAGGACUUCUUCAACACCUUCCUGGAUGAGGCGCAAGCUGGAAUGCGGGAGAUGGACGGGUACUUUCCGAGCCGCGACAAGUCGGAGGGGCGCCCGCUGCUAAACGGCUUGGUUCGGAGCCUGCACCAUAGCGUCUUCGCGCACUUUCACUUUAACCUGACGGGCACAGGGCUUAGCCUCCGGCUAUCGCAGCAGCUCGACUCUGCCGUCAGCGAGGAGGGCGCAGCUCAGCUGGCGUCGUUCACCGACUUCCCCCCCUUCACCAUGGACGGUGCGCUCCAGUACGCCCAAGACCGUGACAAAACGGAGGGGCGCCCGCUGCUGAACGGUUUGGUUCGGAGCCUGCACCAUAGCGUCUUCGCGCACUUUCACUUUAACCUGACGGGCACAGGGCUCAGCCUCCGGCUAUCGCAGCAGCUCGACUCUGCCGUCAGCGAGGAAGGCGCAGCUCAGCUGGCGUCCUUCACCGACUUUCCCCCCUUCACCAUGGACGGUGCGCUCCAGUACGCGCAGGAGUUCCUCGAGAGCCCCCCAGAAGGCGCCCGGGUGCACAUCCUCGUGGGGCGUCCGCGAUUUGCCGCUCAGCUCGUGCAGAAGGUGCUCUUAGGGAAGUCCUGGGAGGAAGCGCUGCAGGCCUUGGUGGAGCUCCACUCUGGACAGAAUGCUCCGACGUCGCUGCUGAGGGGCCUACACGAGAUGCAGACGAAGCUGUCGUGCGACCUGUUCGAUCAGCUGGUGGCAGAGCUGCGGUGCUUGGUGUUGGGCUACUAUAUCGUUGGCAAGGGGAAGAUGGGACUGGAAGUGCUGCACAAGCGGGGCGCGGAUGCCCCUGCCGAACCGGGGGGCGACGCCACGAAGCCCCGCAAGCGGUUUAAAGUCACGCCGCGAAGGAGAGUCCCUGGACCUGUUCAGCUGCACAGUAAUGGCGACAGGGGGGCAGAACACAAGGGAGUUAGCGCACGAGCGGAACCCGUGACCAAAAAGUUGAGGAAGGCAAACGAUCCCCUCAAGAUAUGGUCGAGUAGGGAGCGGGCCGUCAAGGCUCCCUGCCGAGAAAGGGGGUGGGGUGGGGACAGUCUAAACGGGGGGGAAGAUGCGGGACAGAGUGAGCCCCCCGUUGAAGAAGAGGACGGCGCUGUGCACCUAGCGGAGGAAGCGGACGGUGGGAUAGGGGGCUUAUCGGAAGAGGGGUCUGGGGUCUUCCUGACUGCCGGGUUGGUUGAUGAGCAACUGCCUGAUGACGUUGUUCCUAACAUGACUGAGAAUGAGGGUGUGGCAACUCUCGAGAAGGUGCAAUCGGCAAAGGCCUUGGCCAACGACGAGCGGCCUGACAAGGCAUACACUACCGAGCGCGCCAGAAAGAACGGCCUGGCCAACGCGUCUAGCGGGCGUGUCUUCGUCACUUCGCCCAAAGACCAUUUCGGGCCAAUCACAGCAGCCCACGACCCAGUGAAUCGAACCGGGGUACGUGUGGGAUCCGAGUGGGGAAGCAGACUGGAGUGCCGGCAGUGGGGGGUGCAUAUGCCCCCGGUCGCAGGCAUUUCGGGGCAGUCCGGGAGGGGGGCGCAAAGCGUGGUCGUUUCGGGGGGGUACGAGGACGACGAGGAUCAUGGGUGGUACUUCAUUUACACGGGCAGCGGCGGGCGGGACCUGAGCGGCAACAAGCGCACGAGCAAGGAGCAGUCCAAGGAGCAAGUGUUUGAAAAGUUCAACCUCGCGCUCAAAGUCAGCUGCAGAGAAGGCUACCCAGUGCGCGUUGUCAGGUCGCAUAAGGAGCGCAAGUCGGCGUUCGCCCCCCAACGCAAGGUGGUUCGCUAUGACGGGAUCUACCGGGUGGAGAAGUGCUGGCGCAAGCCGGGCAAGCAGAACGCGGUCAUGUGCCGCUUCCUCUUCGUCCGGUGCGACAACGAGCCCCCGCCCUGGGACAGCGACGGCGCCGCCGAUUCGCCCCACCGGAACGUCCCACAGAUACGGGAACUGGAGGGAGCGCGGGACGUCUUUGAGAGGGUGGAGCCGCCCGCCUGGGACUGGAAGGAAGACGAGGGCUGCUGGGGUUGGACCCGGGACCCACCCCCCAGUCAGCAAAAAGCGCCCAAGAGUGCUCGGGGGAAUCCGCCGAGGGCCUUGCAAAGUGACAUCGUGAAGUACGAUGCUCCCUUGGCGUCAGAGAGCGGCGUCCAAUCACAGGUCGACUCCGGUGAUGACGUCAGCAACACUCUGGCAGGGAAAGUUGGUCAGGCUGGCGCCAGUCCAACCAGGGAGACGGCGGCUCCGGCCCUCGACACCAGCGCAUUUGCGAGGGAUCCCUCAAAUGACAUCAGCGGUUGUCCUGGACACGGGCCUGGUGACGUCAGCGGGGGGGCUGAUGACGUGAGUGUUAACACUGAUGAGGUCGGUACUGCCCGGGGGCAGGUGAAAAGACCAUUGGAUGACGUCACGGAAAGCUUGGGGCCCAAGGCCCCAAGGGAGGGUGUGCAGGCGGCAGAAACGGAGAGGGCCGCGAGCUUGCCGCUUGAAAAGCAGGACGGCAUCAAGGGGCGGAGCGGUGUCAAGAAUCCAGACGGAACGAUGCAGAGCGCGGGCUUGAUACAAGCGGUCGAAACGGAGGACGAUCCGUCCGAAGACGAAAGGGGAUCUGAGGGAGAGACGCCGCUCGGGUUGUCAACCCCGGGAAAUGAGGCGGACGUAGGAUACACCAUUCUUCGUUCGUGGCCACGAAGACCCCAGUUUCCUUAUUGGACUCGCCACAUUUUCGACGAGUCGGACGAGUCGGACGAGGGACCGAUUACAUAUUCAAGGAGAAGGAGGGAGGCUGGUGUCACGGAGCAAAGCAGGGGCGGACAGGCACAACACUUGACACCAAGCAGCGGCAGUGGGCUGCUUCCUGGAGAGCUAGGCGUCGGUUUACACCCGCGGGCUGCUUCUCCGCUGCGGAAACCGCCAGCGUCGGCUGACGAGUUGCUGCUCGACUCGAACCCGAACCAGGGCCUGGCGCAACCUCAAGCAAGUUUUCCGCAAGGGCUCGCGGAGUUCGGUGUCCGAGACGAAUGGAGAGCGCACAAGAAAAGCAGGCGGAGGGCGCUGCGCGCGGAGCUCGAGAGGUCGAAGGGAGCAAAAGCUUUGCACGUGGCCCAAUUGGAGGGCACCUUUUCUCCGGACGAUUCCGGAGCCUUCAAGGACCCCCCUGCCGUCGCGCCAGGCAGCGCCGUCGGGUUACCAGAAGCCUCUGCUGAUGUAGUCAGCCGGCCGGAGCCACCGCCCCAGGCUGACGUCACCACAAGCAGCAACUCUCCGGCUGCUGACGUCAGCACGGAAGCAGAUGGGGUCGCCGCAGGUGGGGCGGCAGCAGCGGAGAAUGCUCUCGGUGGGGUCACAGACUUGAUGGUCAACGUCCCAAACUCACCAGACAACGCCACGAAACCGUCAGAAGCUGAGUUUGGCGAAAAGGCGCUGCAGACAGGAACGCGCUGCGAGGAGAACCACACGAACGUCGGAAGAAGCGGUGUCACAAACUCGGCAGCCGGAGCGAUGCAGUCGUUCGUGACACCGGAACCGGUAGUCGAACUAGUUGACUCGCCGCUCUCUCUCCUGCCACAGAAGCUUCAAUCCCCGCAGUUGCCUUCGUCUCCGCAUUCCAAGCGGGCGAAGGCUGGUCACGUGGCGGCAGUGUUGGUAAGGGAACCCUCCGAUCUCCGGGCUUAUCCAGGAGCUGAACACUCCGACGAGCCCGUCCUAGUAGAAAGCGCGCGAACGUCAAAAGCCGAUCAGUCCAUGAAAGCUACAGGGAGUUUGGAAGGGGAGCUUCAAAAUGGCGCUCCGCCAGAGUUGCCCCCAACGCCCGACCAGUUUGAAAAGGCUAGGAAAUCGGGGCAACUCUUAGGGCAACCGGGCACCCGUACCGGUGCGGCUAGUUGCCCAGACUUUCAACCGGUCGCUUCAACGGCUGAACCGGGCACUGGCGUGGGUGAAAACAUAGCCCGGGUGAUUCUACCGGCCACAUUGGAUUGUGAAACGGGCGCUUCGGCGGGCCAACUAGGUACGGGAGAGGGUCAACUUGAAGCUGACCGGUCUCUUUGGGGCAGCCCAGACGGUUCGCCUGGAGAAGGUGACCUAGAGCGGGAGAGAAAGAAUCCAGAUAGGAUCGUGCGCGAGCUGAUGCGUGUGGCGCGAGAGAACGAGGCGCGGUGUCGCAAGAUGGAAAAUGAGUUGCAGGAGGCGAGGGAAACGGUUCGUGUGGCCGAAGAGAGGGCGGGGUCCACCGAAGAGAGGGCCCUGAAACAGGAAGAGACGGCCCGGCGUAGCGAACAAAGGACUCGGGAAAGCGAAAAGCAGGCCCGAGACAGCGAGGCGAGGACCCGGUCAGCGGAAGAGCGAGCCCGCUUAUCGGAGGAGUUGACCCGUUUAGUGGACGAACGGGCCCGGGGAGCGGAAAAGAGGGCGCAGGGGGCGGGAGAGAGGGCCCAGGCAGCGGAAAAUAGGGCUUGGAAUAAUGAGAUGACAGGACGGGCGUUGGAAAAGAGGGCCCGAGAGAGCGAGGAAAGGGCACAGGAGUUUGAGAAACGGCUUCGUGACAGUGAGGCAAAAGAGCGGGAGUUGGAAGAGCGGCUGCGGGUUAGUGAGGGGUUUGCGCGGGCGCUUGAAGCGAUGAAGCGCGAGACGGAAGAGCGAUGGGCGGCGGAAGUGGUGGAACUGAAAAGCACGAUGGAAAGGGACAGAGAAGACUUUUGCGAAGCGGCUGGUUGUCUGCUGUGGGGCAAGGACGGCUCUGACGGGAGCAUGACGUCAAGAGACGUGACCGCCCGGGGGGUCGUAGAAAGCGUCGGGGCUCUGAAAGGGCUGGUUGAGGAGCUGGAGGGGUGCUCGGGGAAAGGGACCGGGGGGCUGAUCGAGCGCGCGAGAGACCAGUUGCUGAUCCUGCGGACUGACUUGGGGCGGAAGCAAGAAGAGGUCGGGAUGCUGGAGAUGAUGCUGGAUCAGAGCGAACAGUUGCGUGAGGAGCUGCAACGAAACAGAGGGGAUGGGUUUGAUUCGGGCCGGGGGGUGGAAAGCGUGCAACCCUUGAGGGAAUGUGCUGUUCCCAGAAGAGCGGUGGCGGUUCAGACGGACGAACCCCCACUCGAACCAGCAGGGCGAGCACCACGGGAAAGCACGCGUGCUGACGUCAAGUCUGACCCUGUCGUCGUCAGCGGACUGCGAGCCGAGCUGGAUGAGCUUAAGCAGGAGUACGCGGCGCUAGUGGGUCUGAUUCAGCGGGAUCGAGGCUAG